UGUUAUUCGUACCUGCUAUCAUUAUUUCUAUAAUUUUGUUAAAUAAACGUACAAAUUUCAGUAACUGCAUAGUUUUGGUAUCCUUGCGAAGAAUUGAAAAAUAAUUUAAGCAAUUAAAUCGGAAAUUGGAAUAACCAAAAUCAUGUUCAUCACGCUGGGCUUCAUAACGACGCUCUUGCUUCUUGUUCCUCUGAAUAUUUGCGGAAAACCUCAAAAAGACGAUAAUGCAAGCUUAAAGCUAGGGAAUUCUACCAAGAAUUUGAGGGUUAAUAAACCUUUAUUCCGUCUUCCGAACAUGAGUUUGCCGCUUUCAUAUGAAAUUGAUUUGAAGGCGGACAUCCAGGUUGGUGUUUUCCAGGGAACGGUGAAAAUUCAAAUCCGAAUUCAAGAAGAUACAUCCCGAGUUGUUCUGCAUUCUAAAGAUUUAAAAAUCGAAGAAGUCAGAUUCGUUAAACAAAGCAACAAGACGGAAGAGGAUGAACCUAGAGCCAAUAAUGCUUCUUUUUCUCUGGAUGCUGGAAGCGAGUUUCUAAACGUUGACUUUGAUAAAGGCAGUUCCUCAGCCAUGAGUAAGGGUGACGUUUGGAUGUUAACGAUUGUCUAUUCAGGAAAAUUAGGAAGUAAUGAUGAAGGAUUUUUCGGAAAGGUGUAUGAAGGACACAGGAAGAAGGAAAUGUUUUUGGCAGCGACACAUUUCGAACCGACUUCAGCUCGACGGGCGUUUCCAUGUUAUGAUGAGCCGGGCCAUAAGGCCACUUUUCAACUAAAUAUUACACAUAACAAGAAGUAUGUUGCGGUUUCUAACAUGCCUGCAAGCGGGGAUCCGGUGGAUAAUCUCGAUGGCACCUGUACUACUAGCUUUCUUGCGACACCUAAGAUGUCGACUUACAUGCUCGCCUUUGCGAUCGGUGAUUUCAAAUCACAUUAUCUGAAAGAUUCCAGACCUCAGAUUAGUGUUACAACAAGAGCUGGAUAUAGAUCCCACUCCGAAUAUGCACUGCAAAUGAGUUCGAAAAUAUUGUCCGCAUUAGAGAGGUAUACGAACCAGUCAUAUCCCUUUACUAAGCUGGAUAAUCUGGCAAUACCUGAAUACAAAUGGAAGGCAAUGGAAAACUGGGCUUUGAUUAUCUACGAUGAAAAUAGCUUACUUACACUGAGGGAGAGAUCGAAGGAGACGGAAUGGAGAAUUGCGUUCACAAUAGCACAUGAACUUACCCACCAAUGGUUUGGUAAUCUAGUGACACCUGCCUGGUGGUCCUAUGUUUGGUUAAGUGAGGGACUUACGUCUUAUUUGGAAUUCCACAUUUUGAAACUGAUAUUUGUCGACUUGAACUUCGACCAGUGGUUUGUGAUGAGCAAGACGCAUGUGGUUUUGGCGGAAGAUACUAACCAAACGUAUCACCCUUUAACGUACUGGCCCCAUGAUCUUGCUGGAAUCAGGGGAAUUUUUGAUUACAUAACCUACCACAAAGGCGCAUGUAUCUUUCGAAUGAUUGAGCACGUCCUCACUAAAGAUGCAUUUCAAAAAGCUCUAAGGAACUACCUGGCUGACCGAAAGUAUGGAUCAGUGAGUCCAGAUAUCAUUUUCCAAUAUUUCACGGAUGCGGCUGUUCAAGAUGGAGUAUUCGAAAAUACUGAAAUUGAUUUUCAAUCGUUCCUGAGAACAUGGACCUUGCAAAGUGGUUACCCACUGGUGACACUGGUAAGGGAUUAUGAUAGCGGAACAUUUCGAUUGCAACAGGAGCCAUUUGACACCAUUGGCAGAGAGAACAAAAAUGAUACUAGGAUUUGGUGGAUCCCGUUCAAUUAUGUAACUAAAAAUAUGGAUACUUUCGAAGUUACCAUCGCUGAUGGGUACCUCGACAGCAGUGGUGAGCAAACCAUCUCCCCUGCUUUGAAAAUGUGGACGAAUGAGGACUGGCUAAUUCUAAACAAACAACAGACUGGCUUCUACCGAGUGAACUAUGAUCCCAGGAAUUGGGCUCUUAUUACAGGGGCCCUUUUGAAAAACCAUACGUCCAUACACGUCCUUAAUAGGGCGCAGCUCAUGGACGAUGCGUACCAUCUUAUGACCGUAAAUCGGUUACCAGUAAACGUCUUCCUGAAUCUCUUGAAAUAUAUGGUAAAGGAGGAUGAGUAUGCCCCUUGGAAAACAUUUGAAUCUGUUCUAGGACAACUUAGACGACGCCUUCCCGAUCGACAGGACAGUAUUGGCUUUGACAACUUUCUGAGAGAUGUGACAACGGUUCCUUAUGAACGUUUUGGGUUAUUAGCCCAGCCGAAAGAUGACUUCUUAAGACAUUUAACCCGGAAAAUAGUUAUUAAUCUGGCUUGUUACUCUGGCCACGAGGAAUGCCUACAUGAAACUAAAGCCCUGCUGAACAAGAUUUUACUGAAUAAAACAAAAAAGAUUAAUAAUGAUUUGAAAAGCACGAUUUUGUGCAACGGCAUGAAAAGCGCUACGCAUCAAGAUUUUAGUUUAGUCCUAAGUUUAUUUGUUAAGUCGCGAGAUAAGUAUGAGCGCAAGGAGUACAUGGAAUGCUUGGGCUGCAUGAUGGACGCUAACCUCAUACGCUUGUAUUUGACGACUGCAAUGAAGAAGACGUUUGACAUAAAAUACACCGUCGAUGAGAGGCUUUAUGUUUUGAAGUCGGUUAUUCAGGCAGGCAGGAUUGGUUUAAGGGUAGCCAUUGAAUUCCUCAUAGAAAAUACCGUGGAGUAUUCCAAGAUAAGCGCUGGUAAGAGAAACGCACUUCAAGAAGCGGUUCAGGAGGUUGGGCGAUAUAUUGUUAAUAAAAAGUUGCAGAUGGAUUUUACACGACUCCUGAAGAAAGUCAAAAGAUACUCGCUCCUUUCAAAGGAACAUACGAAACCAAUAGAGAACACGGUGCAAAGGAAUAUAAUUUGGGCGGACCGUCAUCGGAAGCCCAUUAUAGAGUGGUUUAGUACGUAUAAUUACGAUAAGACAAGCAAAACCGUUGCUGUGACGUCUGGAGCAUUAAUUGGUGGUGAAAUAUCGUGGAUUAUUUUGGGUUUGAAUAUCAUAAGUUUAUAUUUGGUUCGGUAUUAGAUAGUAUACGUAUGUUUUUGGUAACUGUCUGCAAUCUGAAGCAGUUGAAAUGCUAAGUUUAGGAUUAGGGCCCAUUGUCUUGUAUAUUUCAUCGAAAUUUGUAAUUAGGUAAUUUUAUAAUUUUUCAAUGUUUGCGAUUCAUAUUGA